UCACCGCAACUGAAUAGCUCACUCUUGAAGCUGCAGGAAUCAGCCCCAAAAGAAGCUGGUUUUCUCAGAUCAUUUUUAGAUGUACUCUUCACAAGGAAUCACCAGUCAAGACCAUUUACCCGCAGAAGUAGUUGAGGCACUUCACAAGAUUAAUUCAGUCAGAUGCAGCAAACUGUGGCUCGUGUGAGGGUCUGAAUAACCCUAUUUCCUGGUACAAAGCACAAUUUAAACUGGAAACAAGGAUCAUACAAGAGUUUGGAAAGUCAAUCCCUAAAGGAACGCGUUGCCCACAAUGUAUUGUUCAAAAGAAAAACCAAACAUUUACAGAAUGCAUUUUCAAACAGAGAUUUUUCAUGUUUUAUUUAAAGCAUUUAGCAGUGUGAUGACAGAAAGUAAAAAAAAUUAGGUCUUCACUUCAAAAGGAAGAGUUUGGGCAUUAGUCUGAAGAGAAGGACCAUGACGGGAGAUAAACAGAGCUUGAGAUAACCAAAUCAGGUACUGAUGAAGGAACAGAAACUGGGAAUUGUGAUUCACUUGGCAAAGAAAAGCUCUUCUCAUAGAUAUAAGUUUGUACAUCACUGCUUUGGAAAUGAAACUAUAAGCACAAACAUGGGAUGGUCACAGCACAUGGCUGCAACGGUAAGCUCACUGCAGAGCCAGGAGAUGGUCUUGUUACAAAGCAGAAAAGGAAUUAGAAGAUGCAAGCAUACCUGAUGAACGAGUACACAGUGCUGGAGAAGAAAAUUUGGACCUCCGAAUAGAAGAGCUGGAAAAGUCAGAGCAAAAACUGAGAGAUGUUUUAGAGGACUACGUGAAGUCAGAUUCUGUCCUAAGAAAUAGAUUUUCAUUCUCGCUCACAGGAUGAAAGAGCUGGAACUAUCACACAAAGCGCUUCUUGCGACGAUUGAUCAACUAAAUGUGAAGUUGCACCAGGUCGAAAAUGCAAAUGUGCGCGUUAAAGGGAAAAUAAAACACAUUCAGGAGGACCUGAUCAACUUGGUUGAAACCCAAGAAAAGUCAGAGAAGAAGCAAAAGGAAAAAUUACGUUGGCUUCAGGAGCAGCUGAAGACAAAAGAAGAUGAAAUAAAAAGCCAGUCAGAGUAUUUUGAACACUACAAACAAAGGCAGAGGCAACAAACAGCAGUGCUGAGAGAAAGGGAAUGUUGCCUUCAGGAUGAGGUAUCUAGGCUAGAAAAGCAAGUCCUAGAUCUUAGCGCCCAUGUUGCUCUUUUGCUAUCUGAGCUAGAAGAGGGAAUGGUGCAGUAUCUCCAGCAGAAGCUAGAAUCAGCGUUCAGUGGGACUCAGGACUAUAAACACUCUGAUGUGGAAAUAAUGGAAUUGAAAACUUGCAUUGAAAAUGUGGAUCAUGACAUGAAAAGCCACCUUGAAACAUUGCAGCAAAAUCUGGAUUUCUUAAGGGAAAAAGAAGGCAUCAGAAGAGAACAGGCAGACCUGCUGAGGGAACUCCAGUGCUCUCAGGAUACUGAAGACUUUCUCAGAAGAAAACUGGAAGAAUCUUGCCAUCAUGUGUAUAGUCUGAAAUUAUCAGAAAUCAAACUGCAGGAAAAGAUGGAAGAACUUUUGGAUGAAAAUAAGACUUUAAAAGAUCAAGGUAUCAUGAAGUUGAAAAAGAAAGAAAAGGACUUGCAACUUACAAGAUUGGAGAAUAGAGACAGCAGUGUUGACCUGAAUGGAGAUCUAACCCAGGAUGACAUUCAAACUCUGAAAUGGGGAGCAGGUUUGGAUUCAUUCAGCAGAUCUACUCAAACUCCAGUUGUGCUGCUACAUGCUGAAGAAUCUGAAACACCAGGAUGCAGCUAUGAUGGGCUAAAACAGACGGACAAGCUACCGGAAGAACUUCUACCAGUUUUGGAACGCAAUUCCAGUGCCUUUGUGAAAGCUGCUGAUCUAGCUGUGGUUGAGCAGGUCCCCCUUGGAACAAAGACAGCACGUACUCUAGAAAAUAGUUUCACUUUGUCCAGAUGUAUUCCAAGUUAUUUUGCAGCAAGACUGCUUCCCACUUGCUCUGAGAAGUUAACUUAUGAUGAGACAAGUAAGGAAACAAAAGGUGAAGAAAAUCUUCCUGUCUUGAAGGAACAAGCUAUAAACCUAUCAGCAGAUACAUUUCCUGUUUCUGUGGUUGAAUCUUUGAUGAAGAAGAAGCUCCAGCUUACUUUGCUAGAACCUGAAAUCUACCACGUAUCGGCUGUCACCACUGUGAAGAAAGUGAGGAGUUUGGAUUUCUGUGAGGCAAAUACCAGUCUUUGCUCUGAUGGCUUCUGCCUUGUUGCAGAAGGAGCAUUUUCUGACCAAGUUUUUGCAUUUAUUCAUGGAAAGAUGCCUUCCACUUUGAGUGAAAUCUUCACAUCAUUUUUAGAAAAAUACAAUGUGGAAAAACAUUGGGAAAAUAAGCAAAUUCUGUCAAAAAACAUAGGUGAAACUAAAUGUCUGGAUAAAGAUGCUGAUGAUGGAAAUUAUCACCAAAAAGUCUUUAGAGGGAGACUUAAAGGAGAAGAAAUAGAGAAUGAGGAAGCCCAACCACAACAGGUGACCUGUGUUCCUGAGGAAAGUUCUAAAGUUUUAAGUAAAACUGAAUUGAUCAGGUCUAGGAAGCAAGAAAUCAAAGACAGCCUAAGUGGCUCACAGGAUAUACAAAAUUUGUCUGUUGCUUUUAAAGACUUAAAGAAGCAUUCUGAAGCGAGCCCUAAACUAAUGGAGGAACAAGGAAAUCUCUCAGAAAUCUGUGUUUCUGAUGUGAAUAGGGUAUAUAAUGGAGAAGACAUAAUCAAAAUGGAGGAGAAAGAAGAGCAACCUCAGAAACCAACUCACCAAACAAACCCUUCCAGCAAUAUUGGCCUGAAAGAAAAAAAAGACCAGACCCUAAAACUAUGUAAACCGAACGAGAAGAAUUUGUCAUGUCAAAAAAUAACGUCUGAAAACAUGCAGUAUGAAUACUCUCAGAAAUAUUUUUGGUCAGAGGAAGAGAGGAAUCUGCUAAACACGUGCUCUCCUAUGCAGGAGAGGGCUGUGUGCUUAAACAAACUGCCCCUGAUAGGGAGCAAUUUUUAUGAGAGUUUCUGUCACCUGUCACCACUUGAGGCUGGUAAUGAAUGUAGCAUGAAAAUAUAUGCACUGGAGAAGGUGGUGGCUGUGUGUUCUCAGAGGAUAUUUGUACUGAUGCAAGAGAAUGAAAAUUACUCAAAAAAGGUCUGUAUAUUACAAGAGGAGAAUGAGAGAUAUGCUCAGAUGAUGCGUGCACUGCAGGAGGAGAUGGAUGCAUAUUUUCAGUGCAUGUUGGCCAUAGAUGAAGCUAACAUUGUUUCAUUCCAAAAUUUGCUUAAUGAGAAAGAAAUUGCUGGUGGAUGUUAUAACUUAGCAGAAGAAAACACCAUAAGCUCAAGAGCAUUUACUGUUGAAACUUUCUCCAAGAACCCCUCAUGUAUUGAAAAGAAAAAUAAGAAUUCUGAAAAAGACUCAAAUAAACUUUCCAGGAGUGUUUUAUCCAUGGAUGGCAGCAAAACAAAGUAUUUCCAGAUGCUCUCUGAUCUGAAAGAGGAAAGAAGCAGAUGUUUCAAAGAAAUAGGUAAAUUAUUACAAGACAAGGAGAACUAUGUAGCAAAAUAUAAUGAAUUAAUCCAAGAGGAAGAGGGUUAUUUACAAAGAAUAUCUCUUUUAGAACGUGAAAAAGAAACUUUACUGGGACGUUUGGCAGAGGUGAAGUGUGAACGAGACAAACACAGGACCCUGGUUUCAGAACUUCAAGAGUGCAAAAGCAGCUGCUAUCAAACUAUUUCUGAUUUACAGGAGGACAACUGUGUACUGAAAAGAGAAAUAGACAGAAUCAGGAAAGAAACUUCAGAACAGCUUGAUGAAAUUCAGAAAGCAAAUGCAAACUUUAUUUUAGAAAACAAGAAAUUGAAAGAAUUAAUGUCACCUUUGGGCGUCACCUAUGAAGAGCUGAGAAAAGAUAAAAGCUUGGGAACAAAAGAAAAGAUAAUAAGACUAGAAGAAAAAGGUCAACAGUGUGAUCUUAAGCCAAAGAAAUUUGAAACAGCAUGCAGUGUAACUCAGACUGAAGAAGGAGGAGUUCUGGUUGUAGCCCCAUCAAUCUAUUAUCCCAGAACAGAGGGCAGCAUGUUUGAAAGCUACAAUGUCAUGAAAGAGCAAGUUGAAAAGGCAAAAGAGGAUCUAAAAAUACAGCAAAAGGAAUUAGAAAAAUCAAAAAAAGAGGCUCAAAGGUGGUACAGAGAACUUGGCUUUGCUGAAACAAGAUACGAAGAAAUCAGAACUCGUUUGACACGGACUCUCUCAGAAUUAGACCAUCUUAAACAAGAAUCUGGGAACAAAAUGCUUGGUAAACAGCACUGCAAAUUAAUGUCUGUGCACACUGUGAAAGAUGCCCAGGAAAUAGAAGAGAAUAAAAUAGCCAACAAGAGAUUACAGCACCAAGUUCUGACCUUGAAAGCACAGCUCAGGGACCAGGCUGCAUUAGAAAAUCAAUGUCAUGACUUGCAGAAUGAAGUGGAACUCCUUCAGGCUCAGUUGUGUCAAAAGGAAAAAGAACUUCAGAAGAGAAAAUCUGAAAUGAAGCUGACACUAGCUCCUCUGAAGGCUAAGCUGGCUUGCCUCACCCGAAAGUGCCAGGAAAGGAACAGCUUUAUCACAAGGAUGCAUGGUGAAUUUCACAGGCGAGGAAUUAUUAAUCCUGCAUUUGAUGAAGAGGUGAAAAACUUGGUGAACGACAUGGCCCUGGCGGAGUACACAGUUGCUUUUACAUCAGUGUGUGACCAAUGGAUGCUGCCUUCUUCCACAGAUAAGUCACAGGCCUAUGGACAGCCAGAGGAUAAUGAGACCUAUGUCAAAGUGAAUGGGAUGACAAGGUCAAUACCUGCAAACUCUCUGCAAGAGGUGGAUAGCAUCCACAGCUCUCAUUUCACUCCAGAUGUGUAUGAUUCUGUAAAGUUAACAAGCCCAGAGAGGAACAUAGCCUUGCAUCGAGAGCUAAGACAAAACCAUAGCAAAAACUGCAAGAUACCUUCAGUUGUCUCCUCCAACUCAUAUCUGAAGGCUGACUGCAACCUGCCCAUGAUCCACAAGGAAACCCCUGUGCUGUCAAGGAUGAAGGAUGCACUGGUGCCGCCUCAGCAUAGUGCCUUCUGGGCCAUGAAGAAGAGAGAUCAGUUGUUGAAAUGUGAUGAUGUAUUUUGCUGUCAAAUAGGAAACCAACAUGCAGGUGCUAUUCCCCAGGGAAUGAAACAGAAAAAUGCCAUUAUGAAUAAGGCAUGGCUCUCUAGAGAAAAAACAAGCGGCUCAACCUCAGCUACCACAGCAAAAAGCUGUUUGUCAGACGUGUUGUCAGCAAGUAAUAAAGGUCAAAAUCCUGUGGGGAGCAACCAGCUGCAUGGGAAAGAAUAAAACCUGCAGAAAUAAAGCAAGGGAUAAGUUUGCCAGGUGGUUUGGUCUACAUUAUUAAUCAGUGGGGAGAGGCAGUCUGAUGGCUUGUUCAGAGAGAUGAUGGUGAAUCAGAACAUUGCAAUAUGACUUUAAUUGCAGAAUACAAGGGAAGAAUGUAUCAGUCACACAGAAGAAGCAGUACUGCUCUGAAGAAAUGAUGAAAGGUGCUUGGACCUGCUGGUGACUGCAGCUGCCUCAUUAUGGGAAAAAACUGGGAAGUUGCCUUGAGUUACCAUCUGUCACAUUUUAGCCACCUCCUGUAGUAGAAGCUGGCCAUGUGGGCCAACCCAGUGUGUGGUUUGAGUUUUCAUUCUGUUUUCUUUUCUUGGGAUCUCAGCAUUUCAAAAAAAUUAUCCAGUUAAGCACAGAUCUCAGUCUUCAUGGGUUUAGGUGUGUGGGCAUGUAAUAUCUUCAGCCUCAUAUGGCUUUGAGCAUUCCUGAAAGAGUCUUUGAUCUGAGUUAGGAUGUUUAGUAUUUCCGAGGACGUGGUACUUGAGGGUACAAACUGUUUAGGAAAUGAGACCACUGCAUUUUUACAAGGGUAAGUAGGAAUUAGGAAUGCACUUCAUGCGCACUGAGAGGCACUUAGAACAUCAAAGCGCUGUGUCCCAGUAGUCUAGAUUGAUUGUUUCAAUUGCAUGAAUAGGCCACAUUUAAUUUAACUUUCAGAUUAAGGCACUCACAUGCAUACAUGCUUUUCCUGAAAUAGGUGGGUUUGUGCACACUGGUUGAUAAUGCUACACGUGAUGCAAACACAUUUUGCAUCCACACUGCACAAUACAAAUUUAUGCACCCCUAAGCACCAAUGUUCAUAUCUGAAUACCCAUCUGUGAAGGCAGGGAGAUGUAAGUGCAGGCACAAGACUUGUGCAUAAGGGAUCAUAUGGUACAUUCAUUCCUUCUUUAACUAAAGUCACAUAGUACU